AUUUUAUUGGUGUUACCUUUCUUUAUCUUUUUAACAACUCAUAACUUAUAUUUUCGACAAGUCUUAUUGGGUAGCGAUCUGGUAAACAAAAAAGAUUUUUGUAAUACAAGUAAUGUAUUAUUUAAACAAUAAAAAAGCAUUGCUUAAUGAUAACACCCAUAUAAAGAUACAUCUUUAUUUGUAAGAUAUGCUGAUCUUCCUUUACUGGUGAAUAAAUAUAUGAGGCUAUAUCUAAAAGCUAAAAACUAUAACAAAACAACAACAAAUGAAAGUAAACAUAAGAGACACACUAAUAGAUUUCCCAUUUCAAAAAUCAGUCAUUGACUAUAAAGAACUGAAAUUGUUUAAUUUAAAGAAAGUAAUUAAAAAAAAUACUUUGUAUCAAUGAAAGAUUAAUUAUUAUUUUGAAAAUACUCUAAUGAAACCUUAUUCAAUUACGAAUCUGUCAAUCUGACGUUCUUUUGACGUUCUUGAGAACGCUCACCAUAGACAAAAGCGUAUGUUUUUUCUACAGUUACUAUAGAAUAAGCGAUUCUCUUCGUCGUGUAAAGAUGGCUAGCUACUUAUUCUAUUCUACAGUUUCAAACGCUGUGGCGUAAACUUUUGUAGAAAGAAACUCUAUACUAAACGUUGGUACUUUGUACUUAGCUAGUGUUAACAAAAGUAAAUGGCGUCAUUCUUCAAUCAGCUGUGAGGAUUCUGUUACCUGUUUUGCUUUAUUUUGUAUAUUUUUUUAUUAUUUAGUUUCAUUUUAAUAAUGCAUUCCCUCAACAUGUUGUGGUGCGCUCAAAACGAAGAAAGGUGGCUUAAAAAGCAGGAAAGAGAUUUUAAUCGUCAGUGCGUCGGCACGAUCGAAGUUAUGCCGGAUAGUGAAUUUGUGCAACACUUCAGGUUAAAUAAAUCUACGUUUUGGUCCCUUUGUCAAGAACUAAGAGUAAAAACUUCCUUGAGGGGUUCUCAGGAAAUUUCUCUAAUAGUUAAGGUGUUGUGCGCUCUUAGCUUUUUGGCGACAGGCUCCUAUCAAAGGAUUGUUGGUGUUACCCAGCAUGUUGCCCAACGAACAGUUAGCCGAUGCAUCAGACAAGUCGUCGAUGCGUUAAACCACCCUGCUAUCAUGGCGAGAUGGAUAGUAUUUCCGAAAACUCAGCAAGAAAGAGGUUUAAUUAAACAAGAGUUUCAAAGAAGGUUUGGCUUGCCUGGAGUAAUUGGGUGCAUAGAUUGCACUCACAUUGCUAUAGUGAAACCCAAUCAGGAAGAACAUCUCUUUUAUAACAGGAAGGGAUAUCAUUCCUUAAAUGUUCAAAUGGUAGAAUAUAUAAACUUAUAAACUUUUUUUAAACUGUAUUGAAUUGUAAUAAUUGAGUAUUUGAAUCUCUUUUUCUCUUUGAAAAUUGGAACAAUCAUGUAGGUAGGUUAAGUUUUAUGAAAAACAUAUUUUUUUUUCGCAAUAUUUGAAAAGUUGUAUCAAAAUAAAAAACAACUUUUGAAUCCACUACCGAAGACGCGCUGACAACUCCCGAACAAAUCCGAGCGAGUGUGACCGGUGACGUCACACUGUAAUUGUCAAGCUACAUCUAAUUACUAUAAUAUAUCUCUAUGUUACUAUAGCAUAAUAUAUUUUAACAUGUAGGUAUAAUUUUAAAUUUUUGUAUAGAUAUUAUUGUUUCAUCAUGUUACUUUUACUGUCGCCUUUGAUACUUACCGGUAAAGAUAGUUUUAAGUUAGUGAAGUAAAUAAAUAAAAAAAUAAAAUAAACAUUAAGACGUCACAAGUAUGGUGGCCACUCGUGGUGCGUUCGCAGUCACCUGAUGUAUCAUAUAAUUUUAUAAAUUUUUAAUCGCUCGUAAUUCAGUAAAAAACAUUCUUUACGUUUUUUCACGUUACACAAUUAUUAAUAAAUUUAAUUCAGUUUAAAAAAUGUGUAUUUUUUUUUCCACA